CGCCGAUACAACUUCAACAAGUGCACUUGCGCCGAUGGCUGGUGUCAGUUUCCAAUUUGCACCGCCGACCGCACUCCAUGUUUGCCACUCCCCAUACACUGCCUGACGACGGUCAUUUGUCGCACGACGACGAGACCGCAUCGAGCUCCGGCGUCAGCAGCGCCGCCAGCCCCGAGCGGAAAGCCCGCCGCCGCCGCCGCGUGCUCACCAAGGAGCAGCUCGAGCUCAACCGGGCGCGGUCCCGCAAAUACUAUGCCCGGAACCGCGACGUUGUCCUUGCCAAGCUCCGCGCACAGUACGUCGAGAACCGCGAGAAGGAGCGCGAUCGCCAGCGGGACAAGUACCUUCGCAACAAGGCACGGAAGCUCGAGAUGAAGAAGCUUGCCGAGUCGGCCUCGAGCCAGCUGAGCCUUGCCUACAUUCUCAACUAAUUCGCCCCUAUCUAUUAUUUAAUACGACAAAUCCUCCCAACCACGUCAACACUACCACCAUUGGCUUGCGACUUCAUCGCCACGAGUCUUCAUCUCUACUAAAGUACGACUGAGAACUAUGAUGACAAGACGACCGCGGCCGUAAGCACGACCGACUCGAGUUUGCGCUACGACCUUGGAACGACAGACAGCCCAUGUGUAUGCACUCCCCAGCUGGUGCGCGGAGAUCAUGGACUCUGAUUCGAGAUGGCGUCGUCCUGUUGUGUGCGAUUACGAAAGAAACUGGCGGCCAUGUCUUUGCGUCGACGACCACAGUGCUCGUCCCGGUCCAGCGCCCAGUGCGAGCGGCGACGGCUCGUUAUCGACAGUCUAUAAAGUGUAGUAGAGCGAGAGAUUAGCGAACUCUACUAAGGGUGCACAA